AUGAAGAAGAGACGAAUUGGAAACUCAGACAAUUCUUCGCGUGCUUUAGAAAAUUUGAGUAUAGGGGAAGAGAAUAAAAAGUAUAUUUAUCCAAGUAUAGCAAACUCACCAAUACUUUUAUGUAAUGAUAAAAUAAUAUAUGGAUAUGGAAAUAGCUUAAUAGUAUUUUGUUUGAAGGAGAAUAAAUAUAUAAAGAAGAUCCAAGACCAUAGGAAUGCUAUAAGAUCAUUGGAUGUAAAUGAAAAUAAUAAAUACUUUUUAACAACGGGGGAUGAUAAAUUAAUUAUAAUAUAUGAUGAAAAUUGGACAGUAUGCCACAGAAUAAUUCACAAAAAAAAAAUAGUUAAGGCAUAUUUCUUGAAAUAUGUACAACGGGAAGAAAAAAAAUUUGAAAUACUAUUUGUAGACAAAUAUGGGGAUAUGUACAUAUAUGAUAUAAAUACGCUCAUUCGGAAGGAGGAUGAGCCAACGGAUAGCGCUACAGUUGAAGGUAACGAAAAAAGGAGUGCAAAAAAUGGGCACCUGCGGAUAGAGAAGUCGAAGGAGGAUGAUCAAAAAGAGGAGAAAACGGAGGAAGACGAUAAAGGCACUGUCAAACUGCGCUAUUUAAACGAUGCGUUAAAUGAGAUUCAGGAAAAUGAUGACGAUUUAUUUUUUAUGAAAGAUUUUGAACAUAUGUUACAAAAUAAUUCUGAAUGUUCAGAAAAUUCGUUACUUAGUGAUAAAAGCAAUAAUAAGCAAGAGGAUAAUACCGAAGGAGAAAUGGUAGACGACUAUGCGAACCAUGAGUUAUUAAAUUUAAAGGAUAAAAAUAAAAUGAAUAAUGUAAAGAAGAAACUAGAAAGGCACUAUUUAAAAUGUUUACAAAAUAAAUGUUUGCUUUACCCUAUUAUGACAUGCAAUUCUGCUGUAAUUUCUUUGUAUUAUGAUAAGAAUUUUUUAAUAAUAGGUGAUAGGGAUGAAAAAAUAAGAAUAAUAAAAAAUAAAAGUAUUAAUAAGAUAUAUAACUUUUAUUUAAAUCACAAGCUUUUUAUUACUUCACUUCUUUUAAUUAAUGAACAUACAUUUUGUUCAGCUGCAGCGGAUUGCUACUUACAUUUGUGGGAUAUUAAAACAAAAGAAAUUGUCGAUUCAUUAUAUCUUGAUUUUCAUUUUUUAUCAAAAUUUAUAGAAUUAAAAUUAAUAUUUAACAAUUCCAAUCACAUGAACAAAUAUAAAUUUAUCGUAAGCAUUUUAAAUUAUCAUCACACAGCCUCAUCCAUCUUUGCUACUAUAGAAAAUUUGAAAGGAAUACUAAUAAUACCAUUAAUUAUGGACAGUAAAACAAAUAGUAAUAUAAAAUUUAACAAGGAGAAUAUCUCGUUUUACCCCUUAAAAUAUGAUGUAUUAUCCUUCCUCUUUUUAAAUGUUUACAAUACAUAUGUCGUAUUUUUUACUGAUAGAAAUAAGGGCACUUUACACCAAAUAAAAUUAAAUGAACACGGUCAGCUCGGUGGUGAGUUGAUUACGUAUGACCACUCCUUUUUUGAUGGCAAGGAAAAAAUGGAUAUAGGAUUAAUAAAUUACUGGAAACACACAACUAUAGAGGGUGAUUCGUAUUAA